AUGAAAGACAAGAUAUUUUCCUUUCUUGUUGCUGUCAAUUCAAAGCAAGCGAGUGUCACUUCAUGGCAAACGACUCUCUUGUCCAUGUUUCGAAAUGCCUUUGUAUUGUAUGUGAGUAUGGUUCUGUCAUCAAUUCCAUCCACUCUGAAUGAAGAGGAGAAUGCAACAUUAGCUCAACCACCACUCUGGGGAAUCAUUCCUUCAUGGAUUCAUCGAGUCAUGUUCUAUCCCAUUACGUUGGGUGCGGAACAUUAUUCGUAUAUGACCAUUAUUGUCUUGUCAUCAGUAUUUCUAGCGUUGGAAUUAUUCACUCUCUUCAUGUAUGCUGUUUUCUAUCUGUUACACAGUAGGGGAAACAAGUAUUGUGACAAGAUCAAAAGAAUCCUUAUUCAACCACUCUCUCUAUUCAUGCUCGUGUUUACCAAUUGGAUGGUGUGGAUUCAUUGUGUGCCCAUGUCAUCAAGUUCCUCCUCUUCAUCCUCUCAUACCAUUUCGAAUGAAUACUUUCCCUCCAUCACUAUGAAUUCUACUCUCAAUACUGCAUUCAUUGUGAUUGGAUGUGUGGGUGUAAUUCUUAACAUGAUCUUGGUGAGUUUGGGAGUUUUAGUGAUGGAGGAGACAGUUCCUCCCACACGCACUUCUCUCUCACUCUUUGGAAUGUUUUCCCCCAAUGUUGGAGUGUGUAUUCAUCUUUUGAAUCAAACAUGUGUGGUGUUAAAUGUUCUAUUACAUGUGAAUCAGGCGAUUUCAGCAAGUGCUGUGAAGUGUUUCUUGAGUUUCUUGGUUGCCGUGUACUUUCUGUAUGGUUUACCUUAUUACAAGACUUUUAUCAAUUCGUUGGUGUUUGGAUGUUUGUGUGGUAAAACGUUGGGAUGCCUUGGACCGAUCAUGGCCUCUGCUUUGAUGAGAAAUAUCAUUCAGCAACAAGAGCAACAACAAGAAUACAUUUCUCAGUUGGGAGGAAUCAUCACAGGAGUCACAAUCGCUCUGCAAGCUUUGGGAUUUGUUUUGGGAACUUUGAGUUGUGAAUUGUAUUUGAGAUUUGGAGUGUUAAAUGCGGUCAAAAGAUUUAUGACUCAUCAUCUCACAGACAAACACUCUGCCAUUCAAAUUUACAACACCUUUCAAGAAAACAAAUCCAUGAGAAAGCUCAUUCUCUUUUUAAGACUUUCCAUCAGUGAUGCUUUUUCAUCCAAGCAAGACAAUGCUCUGGAAUGGGCUUUACAAUUUCUGAAAUUAUGUGGCACCUCCAAAUCGAUCACAAAUGUGGAUUUUCUUCUCAUUAGUGCUAUUAUAACAAGUUUUUACUCAACACAAGAAGAAUUGUACUCGUCUCAUUCAUUGGCUCUCUCCAUGCUUUUCCACGCAAAAAAGAAUAAUCCAUCUCUUGUGCAAUCCUAUUUUAUUGUAUUGAGAAGUAAGGAAAUUGAGGCAAAUGUGGAAAAAUUUUCAAUGAUCAAUGUCGAUUUGAAACAAACCCUUCAAUCUCUACAAAAGAAGCAACAGGCCAUGACUUAUUUUCACAAAGAAUUAUUUAAGGAAUUGAUUUCAGAGAAUUGUUCCAAGAAAAAAAUUGAAAAUUUGAACCGAUCUUCCACCAUUCUUGUUCAAGAAUGUGACACUCUGUACAAAUCUCUCAUGCUGAAAUAUCGAAACGAUACUUCCUUAUUGAGAUCAACUUUGAUUCCUAUCAAACAACAAGAUGAGACAGUACUCCCACUCUAUGAGAAUGCGACCACGUCUAUCAGUGCCUUUGUGGAUCAUAUUCUCAAUCAGGGAGAUGACAUUGCUCAUGUCAUGAGCAAUGAAGAUUUUGUGACAUUUAACAAAACGAGAGCCAAUUAUCCACUUCUUUUCUUUUACCUUAAUAGAAGAGAAAUGACAACAGCAUUUGAUUUCUUUUGUACUUCUUAUAUAGCAAGUUCUAAGAGUGACAUUAAUCGUAUUGGGGAAAUCUUAUUUGGAGUGUGUGGCUCACUAUUAGGUCUCUAUUUUAUAUUUUGUUUAUUUUUCAUUGUCAUAAUGCGCAAUCACUUGUUACAAUUUAACCAACUUGUAAAAUUCACCACUCUUCCCAAAGAUGAAACAGGAAAAUUCUAUCACCAAUUGGAAAAAGAAAUGACUGAUCCUUUCAGAGAAAAUUCUUCUCGUGUUACACCUUCCAUUGUUUUCACACUUCUCACCAUCAUGACCAUGUUAUUCGUCUUUGCAUCAAGCAUUUGCCUUCUCAUGGAAUUCUAUUCCAAUGACAUCAAAACAUCAUCCACCAUGAAUACUGUUAAUUUGCUCAAUACAGUCAUGAGAACUUCCAUGAGAGUCACUUUUCGAUUAUUGGAAAUGGUUCGAAAAAGUAAUCUCAUGCUCCUCCCAUGGAAUGUGGUUCGAGACGACAAUGCCGAGGAACUUAUAAAUUGCAUAUUGUGUUGGAAAGAAAUUGUAGUAGGAGGAAAUGAAACGAAUUACAAAUCACCGGUGAAAGGUCUGAGUUCAGAAAUUGAUUCGCUGUUGGUGGGAAAUUCUUUGACCAUUUGUCAAAAAUUGUUGAACACUACUACCACCAAUACCACGACUACUCUGAAUGAUUCAGUCAACAACAACAACAUUUCACUCAAUGACACUCUCACUCUUACUCACAUCAACUCUUCGUUUCUUCGUUUAUAUUUUAAUGACAUUUACUUUUUGGCUGUUUCACUCUCUGAGAAACUUUUUAAAUUUAUUUCUACCUAUGUGAAAAGCGAACAACAUCCACAACUGAUCAUGAAAAAUUCACCACAACGAUUACAGAAAAUUAUUUCAGAAAUGUCAGCUGCCAAAAAUGCAUUUUCUGAACUUUUUGAAAUUACUUGUUCGAGAAAGAAUCGAAAGACAUUCUCUGCAAUCGUUUCUUUAUCAAUGAGUUUUUAUAAUCGAAAGACAAAGAUUGCUUGUUUUGUGAAAGAUAUCACCAAUGAAAAGAAACAAACCACUCUGAUUGCAGAUGAGAAGAAAAAGAGUGAAGAAUUAUUGUUAAAUAUUCUUCCAUUACCUGUGGCAAUUCGUCUCAAACAAGGAGAAACCUCCAUUUGUGAAAAAUUUAAUGAUGUGACAGUAUUCUUUUCUGACAUGGUUGGAUUUACUGUCAUGAGUAGUAUCAUGUCACCCAAUGAAUUGAUUGUUCUUCUCAAUGACAUUGUUCACAAUUUUGAUCAUCUCACUGAAAAGUAUUAUAUUGACAAGAUUAAAACCAUUGGAGAUGCUUAUUUUUGUGUUGCUGGUGCUCAUGCUUCAAGAGCCAGUGAUCACACUGAAAGAAUGGUCAAGUUUGCCAUUGACAUUUUUGGUUUUCUUCAUAAUUUUAAUAAGGACAAAGGUAAAAAGAUUAAUCUAAGAAUUGGCAUUCACACAGGAGAGUGUGUUGGAGGAGUGAUCGGUCACAAGAAAUUUGCCUACGAUUUGUGGGGAGAUACCAUCAACACAGCUUCAAGAAUGGAAAGUACUGGUGUUCCAGGAAGAAUUCAACUUUCGAGGACAUCCUAUGAAAGAGUAUGGGAAAGUUAUCAAUUUGUAGAAAGAGAAGCAGUUUAUGUUAAAGGUAAAGGAGAAAUGAAGUGUUAUUUACUUCAUCAAAAGCAUCACUUGCCUGCUUUGUGUGAAGAAAAUGAUGGAGUUGAUUGUCGAAAUGAUUCAUUAAAAGUUGAUAAUGGUGAGUUGGAAGUGAACGAAUUAAGAAAAGACGAAGAAAUUGUUCAUUAA